GGAAAGAAAUAAAAAGACACGUGGCAGUAUCAGAGCUAAUACAGUUAUUGAGAAUUGGAACAGCUACAAAUACGCACAAAGCGUCCUCCUCCUCCUCCUCCUUGGUUCGUCUUCUUCAAGCUCUUCUCUGACUCACAUAACCCAGAUUUUGAAGAACUCCGAGGUCUGCAUUUUCUACUCUCUCGAUCUUAAUUUCUCGCUCUCUCCUCUUGAUCUCUUUUUAUCUCCGGUCUACAUUUGAGCUACUUUUCUUGUUAUUAUCGUCACGUUGUGUGUCGCCUAGUGUAUAGAGUCGUCUCUGAUUUUGAUUUUUGAAGAAACGCGUAGAGUUCGGUGGAAGUUGUUCAGAUCAGAAGCCGAUCGCGGAGUCGUUUGAUUACGUCGCAGUCCCCACGAUUUCCCCAAAAUUCGAUCAAACUUUCGAGUGAAAAGGAAUCGAUUCUUCAAGGGAAUAAAAGCGAUGCCUUUGAAUUUAGGCAACGAUGGCGAUGGUUCGUCCCGCAUUAUUUUGACUGAGCCUCGCGGUUCAACUGCUGAGGUGCUUCUAUUUGGAGGACAAGUCAUUUCUUGGAAAAAUGAAAGGAGGGAAGAACUGCUUUAUAUGAGCAGCAAGGCUCAAUAUAAGCCACCCAAGGCGAUCAGAGGAGGAAUACCUGUUUGCUUUCCACAGUUUGGAAACUUUGGUGGACUUGAGCGGCAUGGAUUUGUCCGGAACAGAUUCUGGUCAUAUGAUGAAGAUCCUUCGCCUCUGUCUCCUGCUAACAAACAAUCAUCAGUUGAUCUGAUAUUGAAGUCCACAGAAGAUGACCUGAAGACCUGGCCUCACAGUUUUGAACUCCGUAUUCGCAUUUCUAUCAGCCCUGGGAAGCUUACUUUGAUCCCCCGUGUGAGGAACAUUGACUCAAAGGCAUUCUCCUUUAUGUUUGCACUGCGGAACUACUUAUAUGUAUCAGACAUAAGUGAAGUACGAGUAGAGGGAUUGGAGACACUGGAUUAUCUAGACAAUUUGAUGGGUAAAGAAAGAUUCACAGAGCAAGCAGACGCGAUUACCUUUGACGGCGAGGUAGAUAGAGUGUACUUGAACACACCAACAAAGAUUGCGGUGAUAGAUCAUGAGCGAAAGAGAACAAUCGAGUUGCGAAAGGAAGGCAUGCCCAAUGCAGUUGUGUGGAACCCUUGGGACAAAAAGGCAAAGACAAUAGCUGAUAUGGGAGAUGAAGACUACAAAACAAUGCUUUGUGUAGAUUCAGGAGCAAUCGAGCCUCCUGUAUUGUUAAAGCCUCGUGAAGAGUGGAAAGGCAGACAAGAACUAUCCAUUGUCUCAUCCAGUUACUGCAGCGGACAGCUUGAUCCACGCAAGGUUCUUUACGGAGAUAACUGAUGAUUUUCUUUUUUUUUCACUUACUUAGUAAAAACAAUAAUAAUAAGCCAUGAUCUCAUUAUCAGUCAACAACAACUCUCUAAGGCUAAAAGUCUAGAUUUAUGUCUUGUAUUGGAACUUUGGAGAUAUUAUCCUUUGUGGAUUGUUGUUGUUGUUGUUUACACAGAGAGGUCGCGGUCACAUUUUGUAACGUUGACUCUUGUGUUUUGACCGUCACAUUUAUGUACUGGGUUUUUUUUGAUUCGUGAAAUAAGAAUAUUAUCAUCAUUA